AACCUCUGCCAUUUAAACGCGUCGUGCAUUACCACAGCGGGUUCAUUUCGCUGCGUGUGCAACUCGGGAUUCAGUGGGAACGGUUUUGACUGUAGUGAUAUAAAUGAAUGUUCCUUUGGUACACAUCUUUGUAGCAGUGCAGCAAACUGCCUCAAUACACCCGGCUCGUACAGGUGCAGUUGUUCAGCGGGUUUUACAGGAAAUGAGAAGUCAUGUCAUGAUGUCGACGAGUGCGCAAGCGAAACUCACAAUUGUCAUGAGCAUGCAUCGUGCAGAAACACCGCUGGUCCCUAUGAUUGCAAAUGCAAUCAGGGUUACCAUGGAAAUGGGCUCAACUGCACAGACAUCGACGAAUGUUCUUCGCACAAUUACAGCUGUCACUCAAAUGGGAAUUGUGUGAAUUUUCCAGGAUCGUUUAAUUGCACUAGCCAGAAUGGAUUCACAGGUAAUGGUUUUGACUGCAAUGAUAUCGAUGAAUGUCUUUUGAAAGAGGAAUAUUGUGGAAUCAGACAUCUUGUGUUAAUCCGUUUGGCUCUUUCUCUUGCACCCCAGACUGUAAGCUGGGUUUUGCCGCUAAUGUAAGUGGAUGCGUGGACGUCAACGAAUGCGAGCUCAACGAACAUAAGUGUGAUACGAAGUCUUCAUUUAUCAACUCGGAUGGUUCUUAUCACUGUAAUUGUCUGCAAGGAUACACUGAAGAUGGUUUCAAUUACACUGAUAUUAACGAAUGCACCUCUAACGUUCACCCUUGCAGCAAAAAUAGAACAUGUCGCUACUCACCUGGGUCGUACUAAUGUGUUUGCGAUGAAAAACUUGACAGCUGUGUUCCAAUCAAUGGCUGCUUUCCGGGGCGUCAUAGAAAUGCCAUUUGCACUGAAGUCAAUGGUUCAUUUAUUUGCAAGUGUAUAACUGGAUUCAUUGGUGAUGGACAACUCUGCACAGGUAGUUCAUACCUCUUGUUUGUAUGCGGCGUGCAUUUGAGGUGUAACCAGGCAACAGUUUCGUCCCAUGUUAGUAAUGAUAUGGACUCCGGAAUUCGGGAAAAUUUUGGCUUGUCGAAUCCGGAUUUCCGGGCUUUGGAAUCCAUUAUUCAGCACAAGGAAUCCGGAAUCCCACUGACGAUUAGAAUGCGGAAUUUAACUGCCACUGACAGAGAAUCCGGAAUCCACAGAGUUGUUAUUAUGUGGGUUUUAUUUAGUCUGAAGUUGAUUUCGGAUGACGCAUUUUUGGCUACGUACGCAGGUUAACGCACGUAAAUUUAAUCACGUAAAUAAAACAAAGGCAAGAUAAAAAGUACUGAGCUUAACGGAGAAGUUGAGCGAGGUUCAACUUUCAUGCUUACGAGCGACCUUUCACGCAUUGCCUCUAUUUUAGGGACCGAUUUUUGAUUUCUGCACUUAUUAGUCUUAAUUUUACCUAGAGGGUCGAUAAUUCCACUAUUAAACACUGAAGAAUUAAAAAUAAUUUUAUGGGCAGUGUCAUAGAAAGGAGCUAAAAACCUUAAGUUCAAUUUUGAUUAUUAGUUUUAGCGUCUUUUGUGUAUUUCAAAAGAUUGAAAUCUUAUAUCUUUGAUUAAUACUUCGUGUUAUCCACAGACUACCAGUUCAUCGACCUCUCUCUGAUAAUAUUUUGACACUAAAAUGCAAGUUGCAAAUUUAUCUAUGGAAAAGUUACUAGAACUUCUAUUUUGUCUAAAAAUAAUGUUGACCUUGUAAUUCACAGCAUCGGAACAUUGCAUUAGACUGUUUUAAUAUUCUACAAUUUGCAGCAUAUUUGAAAACACAUUUUUCUUUCACUUAUUUUUAUAUACACGUAUCUUUCCGCUACAGUUAUUUUUCUGCUGGUAUAAAUAUGUUUUAAGCAUUGAAAUUGAAUUCUUAUUGAAGAGCAGGUGUUAGGGGCUUUUCUUAGGUAAGACGCGUCUUAGCUAAAUUUCAAAUGAAAUGUGCCUCUUAUACGGGAUGGUUUGAGUCUUAUUUAGGAUGUGCCCUAUGUAAGACUACCCUGCAAGCAGACUAAAAAGGCUACAUUUCGCUGUGUGAACUGGAGUGCGAAAACUGGCCUCUGCCAACAACCGUUCAAUUUUCUAUCGUGCAUGAGCAAAAUUCAUCACCCGAUUCGCAAGCAAAAUUAAUUGUCAGGUCUGACGUCAAAUCACGCCAGAUUCACGAGAUAAAAAAUUGUGACAACUCUGAUCUGCUACCCAAGACUCACACAAUGCUCUAAACCGGUCAAGAACAGGAAAAAAACGUUUUUUUUUAAUUUGUUUGUCCAGAUUUCUGGACGGAUUUGAACGGUUGUCGGCAGAGGCUACUUUUCGCACGACAGCUCACACAGCGAAAAUUUAAUGUAGCUUCUGCUCCCGGGGUAACGUAAGACGCCUCUUAUUCUUGCACGUUUAAACGGCCCUAUUGUUCAAAUGCUCAUUAAUUCGACCAAUAAUUACGCCAUCUCUCAAUCGAGAUCUUCGCUUAGAAGUAUAGUUGUGUAGUAAAAUCACCACAACUCUUUAGAUAAGGAAUAUAAUACGUGGUAAACAAGACUAUUCCAAAACACGUACACUACCAACGAGAAGAAAAGUUUGAGGCUCAAGAAUUUGAGAUCUGUUCACUUUAGAAAGGCGCGAAAAUAAUCGUGACCGGGAUCACGGUUUUUUAAAUGAUAAGCUUAAAUAAAAGUUUGCUCUCCUUACCAAACAUGCGCCAAAAAUAGGUAAUGCGAACAGAGAACAUCUCAUUAUAUCGCCGAUUGUAUCACAUGGAUCUGAAACAGAAACCCAAAUCAGGUAAAAUUAUCCCUCAUCUUCUGGACUCUAAGCUUUUAAGUAUAAACGCAAAGUGGAAAAAACAGAAACCACUUCAAAAACCCUACACCACCAUAAGCCAAGCACAAAUUCGUAAAAUAACGGCGACGAUACGAAUACUUUUGCAAGUUGUAAUUAAUGAUUAAAUCAAAGCGUGGUUAACAUAUUAUAUACUAACACCGGUUUGCAAAUCUGCAAAAUUUAAUUUAGCUUCUACAUGUAUCUCAUCCGGUUUCUAGCAGGACAGAUCAUUACGGAGAAAUUUAUUUAAAACUGGUAUCAAAACCAAAACAAGAUGACUUGGGCACUAAAACGAUCGCUGCUUACCUCUUAUCAGAUGGAAAAACAAAACAAUGUCCUUUGAAAGCAGAUCUUAUAGGUUAUAUUAAAAGGAAGUGCUAUUUUGCAAGAUUACGCUGAGCUUGCUGAACGUCCAUGAAUGGUCCAUGAAUGCUCCAUGAAUGCACAAGUACGUCAGCGGUUACCGUGCUGACCGCAUCACAAGAUUGCGUUUAAUAACUCAAGCGUGAUUACAACACGUGCCAAGUUUUAAAAGUCAGUAUCGGACAAUCGAAUUAUAUAAUUUUUCAAUUUAAUGUGUUUUACGUUUUUGUUAAAGCUCACCCUUGAGUUUUAAAGCCGCCAUCCCGCGAUCUCGAAGGAAGGUUAGCCCCCUCCGCAGGCAGGACAGGAGGCUACAUCUGACCUAGCAAAACCGCAACAGUGAUCAAAAUAAGUAUGAUGACGGAGGGUGUUAUUUGCAGGUUGCAGGUUGCUGGUUAGAAUUUCAAGUACGCGCGAACGGUCAACGCGAAACUGAUUUUGUGAAAAAAAAACAAAACAACAACAACAACAACAACAACAACAGCGUCACGUCACUUAACAGCGUCACGCAAACCGCAAAUAGUCCCAGGAAAUUGUUUUUUGCAGGAGCCCAUGGGCUCUAGACGUGCUACAAGUCGACUUGAGUUAGAUUUUGCAACCGGAGCCCUAUAGAUCAAAAUUUCUCAGCUUCACACUUUUAAAAAUAACAAGGAAUGCUAAAAAAAAAAGGAUGUGGAAAUUUCCACGUGCCGGCCAACCACGGCGUUAGAAUUUGAUACGUGACAGAAGGUCACGCCGAACGUGUCACGCUUAUAAUACUUCCAAAACAGUACACUUUCAAAGGAACAAAAUAAAAAGAACGUACCUAAAGAGAGCAACGCACACAUUGAGGGCCAGUCGGAUGUAAUUCAUCGCAUGAUCUGCAAUAACAUCAAUAUUUUGCUUUCUGUUGAAAUUCUCCAUCACACCCUCCACGUGCUCGACCACGGCGUACUGAUUCCAACAAGAACCAUACAUUACCGGGGGUGGGGGGGAAACACUCCCUCAUUUGGCCUAUACGGGUAUGUGCCGCUGAACAGGGUAUGGUUUUCAGGGUCUUGAGUCUUAAACAGGGUAUAUAAUUUCACUACUGGGCGUCUUGAACAGGGUGUCUUUUUAGACCCGAAGCCUUAAACAGGGUGUGAAUUUUGGUGGUGUGCGGUGUGCGUGACGCUGUAACUGAAAGACAGUUUUUAUUCUCAAAAUCACUUUAGCGUUGACUGUUUGUGCGUACUUCAAAUUCUGACCUGCAACCUGCAACCUGUAACCCGCAAAUUACACCCUCCGGUAUGAUGAAAAAUCAAACUCUUCUUCCUAAGAAGCCGGGGGGAGGGUACUCCCGCGAAUUUUGGAUAGGGGUGUGCUGCGAAGGUUCGUGAACCCUAACCCUAUUUAAGGACUAAGAAAGCGAAAACUGAUACCCUUUUUAAGGCCCAAAGCCGAAAAAUUACACCCUAUUCAAGGAAAGAACAAAAUUAUUCAUAGCAUGGAAAGGAAAACUCUAUUUCUUGGCUGUAACAUUGGAUGUAUAGCAUCAAGCAUAGAAUACUAGAAUACUUAAACGGAUACAUCAAGUUUAAAAGAAACUGUUCGUUUAGGCGGGCAUUUUCACACUGCAGUAUUAGAUAACUGACAAUUAAGCUACCCUAUCUAAGGACCACACCAGGGACACAGAAACAAAAGGGUAAAAAAAGAUACCCUAUUUAAGGACCGAGAACCUCAAAAACCAUACCCUAUUCCGCGCCUCGUACCUAUAUAGCCCAUAUAUGGGAGUACCCCCCCCCCCCGGACUAAGAAGUCAAGGAUGAAAGUCGCAAGAAGGCCAAACCGCGCCAUUUACUCAUCCUUGAUCUAAAAGGGGGGAGGGACAUGAUCAGGGAGGGCGGAAUCUUAAUUUUUUCUCUACUUUAUAUUCGAGACUGAAGCACUGUUCUUCACCUUUACCGAGUAGUCUCCACCGGAGUUCUUUAGGUACAGAGGAACCUCGAUAUAGCGAACCUCUGAACCCUACGGAUAGUCAGUCAAAUGUGUGAAAAAACAUCUCGUUAUAACGAAACCUCGUUCUAGCAAACAAUUUUUGCCAGUCCCUUGGCACUUCGUUAUAUCGAGUGGUUUCACUGUAUCGUGAAUUCCUUACAGUGUUCUCUAGCUAGUGAGCCUGGCCGGCCUAUUGCAUGCACUCAUAGCAAGUGUGUAAUAGGCUGAUUUAAUAGUCCUAUCGUAGACCAGGUUCUACCUGGACUUAGGAUACUCCCCUUCGGCUCNCCCCCCCCCCCCCCUCUCAUAUAGAUAUGUGUCGCCCCAAACUGGUACAGAUUUUGCCUACCACCGAAUAGACCUCUUCAAAUUCCAUCAGUUUUAGACGCCAGGUCUGAAAAUGAGUGUGGAAAGUAGCAUUUCUUGGACUGAUCUGCAGGCUCAGCGUUUGGAGAACCGGGCGGUACACCACCACCAAGAACUGCAAAGAGUAACACCCCGGGAGACACCCCUGCUGCCUACAGUCCUCAAUGGCAAUACCCCACGAGGAAAGGGGAUAAGUAGGUACAAGCUACAAUACUAGACUACGAGUAGUCCCCCAUUUUUCCUCAGGGAUAGUAGCGAGCGAAACGCGAGCGCGCGUGAAGAUCACUAUCUACUAUCUAAUCUACUAUCCCUGAGGAAAAAUGGGGUACUACUCGUAGUCUACUACAAUACCAAAUCGAUCACGCUUAUUUUAUGGGUAUCAUAUUACCUUUUCCACAAGGAAACGUCACACCCACAUCGUUUCCUGCUAGGUUUUGAAGUGAGAGCUUUCCAAAUUGAUAUGUUUUGUUACAAUUAACCUCGCGUGGAGAGCCAGUGUGCUUCAUGCUGUCCACAAGUGAGGUAAGUUUGUAAGAGUACAGUAUUUAAAAUAAACAAGGAUCCAGUGGUUUGCUUCCCCUGGUACCAACGAAAGUAUUUUACGUUAGGAGAGACUUGCCAUUUUAGCCGAUGAAAAGCCUUGACGUUUCGUAUGUAACAACAUACAUCUUCAGAAGUGACUGUUAAAAAGGUUACAGUAAAAUUUUAACAUCUAGAAAAAAAGCUGGAAGCUAAUAAACAGGUGAAAACAUUAACUAAUGACAACAAAUGAUAAUGACAGACUCAAUCUGAAGUCAGCAGGAAAUUAACAGAUUGUUCGAAAAUUUUUACAAAGCGUGGAUUCAGACCGGUUUCGAAUUCCUCCGUGCGGAAACGAUCAGCUACAUUGUUUGAAACAGUAAAGAGAAACAGCAUGCACUGGGGUUUCAAGCGCAGAGUUGCACAACUCGGUCACGCCCCCCGGCCACCUCAGGCGUGCGUUAAAUAUGUUCUUCCAACGAUCUCGAAAAGAAGCUUAGCCACUUAACUGCAAAAGAAACCGUAUUUUUGCGUAUUCAAGUUCACGCGAACAGUCAAAUAAAAGGUCUGGAGCGAGGCUGAAAACGGAAAGCUAAAAGAAAAACCGACUGUUUUGCAUUCUACAUGGUCACGUUCUAGUGUUUUUAUUCCCAGUUUUAAAACUAACCUUUCAAGAAGAUUAAGUGAAAGCUGAAACAGCUUAUUUGUGACAGUGGAUAAACUUUUAGGGAAAUUGAUGUCGUGUACCCAACUUGGCACGACUUGGUUUUCUCUUCAUUAUUUGAGUAGCCUCUUAAGAAUGGAAGGAUAGGUAAAGGUAUAAUGACUGAAUGAACAAUUACCAAAGUAACUUAAUUGCCCUUUGAUGUAAUUUUAGUUCUUAAAAUUGCUUUCGCAAUACUGUAAUAGUAUGUACAUGUAUGGUCAUGUAAUUAAAGCUCGUUGCUGUUCAGUGUUGUGAUUAAAAGAACGAGCCAAUCUAUGACCGACAUUUAGAUCAAACGUCAGCCGUUAUCGCAUUGUAAGUAAUUCAUCGAUUUCUUCCCUCAUCACAAACGGUUCGAAAACGGAUAGUGAGUGGCACGGCCAGACUUUUUUGAGUGGAUGGACAUUUCGCCUUUCCCUGAGUUAGGCGGGAAGUCCCGCUAUCCGGAUAGCAGGCUCUUUGCUAGUCCAGUACGUGGUACAAAACCGCAAUGGUGGAGAACAAGUUUAAGGGACUCACCGAGACAAGACAAAAGAAGGUUUACAUCAGUUAAAAUGGUAGUUUUUUUUGCCUUGCUUUUUUUCUCUUGUCCCAGUGCGUCCCUUGUUCUCCUGCUUGGCGAUUUUGUACCACGUGAAUGACUAGCUGCGCAUGCCAAAAGCCUUAAUUUUUCAGGUGUCACAGCUAAAGUUUAACAAAAUGCAGUGAAGCAUUCCUAUUCUCUCAGAGCGUUUGUUCUCGCCUACGUUUAUACAGACUGAAUAAACCAGGAGAUGUUGCUUCCAAGUUUGGAAUUUCUUUUAAGAAAAAGUUUUAUUUUUUUUUUACAAUCCGUCUCUCUUUCAGGAAUCCGUUAUGCUUUUUUUAAGUUAUGCGGCAUGACUUGUUGGCUUACAUUAACGACGGGCAGCGUCGUUCCGUUCAAAUUAUGCCCUGUCCUCGGUGGCUCUUCCUUGCUCUUUGGAAUAUUUCAUUGCCAUGCUUGCUGUUCUCGAAUAUCAAUGCAGGUAUGUCAUACAAGUGAAGGAAAAGAAAAGGUUAAAACUUUAAGAUAGACAGACUUUAUACCGGCGCACUUGUCUUGUGCAACGUAUAUAUUACGUUAUUUACCAAAAGCGUGCUCAAGGAUAUGGGAGGAUAUUGGCCAAUAAGUUGUUUGUUUAUUUUAUUUGGAUUUUAAUUUUUCUUCUUUUUUUGGAGAGAGACUAAGUCGAAAACAACUAAUCAUGAGGUCAAAAAACAAAAACAAAACGAAAACAAACAAAAACAGAUAAGGAAGAUAAAAUGAGGCCACAAUUAUCCAGCCAUCUUAACCAAAUUUUAAGAUAGGAAAGUAAAACAAGCUCAAAUUGCUUCAAAAAUGACAGAGAACACAAACCACAGCAAAAGUAAGUUUAUUCAUGGUUUAUUUUAAUUCUUUGCCACACGAUGAACUCAGAUUAGGCGAUGGUUAUAUAUAUUUUUGUUUUCAUUUUUUUAGCAAACGCAUGCGCUCACAUAUUGAGCUUGGUAUGCCUGUGGUAAAUUACAGGGCAGUUCAGUCAGUCAACCAAACUAAUAAACUUCCGAACGUAAGCUUAAGACCGCUUAAUUAUCAAAUUAUAUUUUUGUUUAAGGAGACGAGUGUUCCUUAUAUAAUUAGGCAACAACAACCUCUGCCAUUUAAACGCUUCGUGCAUCACCAAAGCGGGUUCAUUUCGCUGGGUGUGCAACUCAGGAUUCAGUGGUAACGGUUUUGACUGUAGCGAUAUAAAUGAAUGUUCCUUUGGUACACGUCUUUGUAGCAGUACAGCAAACUGCCUCAAUACACCCGGCUCGUACAAGUGCAGUUGUUCAGCGGGUUUUACAGGAAAUGGGAAGUCAUGUCAUGAUGUCGACGAGUGCGCAAGCGAAACUCACAACUGUCAUGAGCAUGCCUCGUCCAGAAACACCGCUGGUUCCUAUGAUUGCAAAUGCAAUCAGGGUUUCUACGGAUAUGGGCUCAGCUGCACAGACAUCGACGAAUGUUCUUCGCAGAAUUACAGCUGUCACUCAAAUGGGAAUUGUGUGAAUUUUCCAGGAUCGUUUAAUUGCACUUGCCAGAAUGGAUUCACAGGAAAUGGUUUUGACUGCAAUGAUAUCGACGAAUGUCUUCUGAAAGAGGAAUAUUAUUUUUAUUUUAGUGGAAAUCAGUCAUCUUGUGUUAAUUCGUUUGGCUCUUUCUCUUGCAGCCCAGUCUGUAAGCUGGGUUUUGCCGCUAAUGCAAGUGGAUGCGUGGACUUCAACGAAAGCGAGCUCAACGUACAUAACUGUUAUACGAAGUCUUCAUGCAUCAACUCGGACGGUUCUUAUCACUGUAAUUGUCUGCAAGGAUACACUGAAGAUGGUUUCAAUUGCACUGAUAUUAAUGAAUACACCUCUAACGUUCACCCUUGCAGCAAAAAUAGAACAUGUCGCUACACACCUGGGUCGUACUAA